GGAGCUGUGUCAUCAUCUCCCGCCCGUGUAAGCCGCCAUCUUGUCGCGCCGAGGAAGAGAAGAGAGAGACAAGACAGCUUGCUUGCUUCAGAUAUGGCGGACUACAGCAGCGUGGCUCCACCGUCCAGCGGCGGCGGCGGAAUGAAUGAGGCUUUUAAAGACGCUCUCCAGCGCGCACGGCAGAUCGCAGCGAAAAUCGGCGGGGAUGGCGUUGCGGCUCCUCCAACGAGCGAGUUCGCCUACGGAGGCCAGAAAAGGCCUUUGGAGGACGCUGGUGGGUAUUUUCCCAUGCCUAACCUGAAUAUCGACCAACCUGAGACAAAGAAAGUGGCGACUAAUGAUGCUUUUUCUGCCAUGGGAGCAAUGGGAGGCCCCCCAAGAUCAAUUUCGGAGGAAUUCAAGGUUCCCGAUGGGAUGGUUGGAUUCAUUAUCGGAAGAGGUGGUGAACAAAUCUCACGUCUGCAGCAGGAAUCUGGCUGCAAAAUACAGAUUGCACCUGACAGUGGAGGUAUGCCUGAUCGGUCAGUGACAUUGACAGGAGGGCCUGAUGCAAUCCAGACGGCAAAGAGGCUGCUCACAGAGAUUGUCGAGAAGGGACGCCCAUCCCCGGCGUUCCAUCAUAACGACGGUCCAGGCAUGACUGUUCAGGAGAUCAUGGUCCCUGCCUCGAAAGCUGGCCUCGUCAUCGGCAAGGGAGGUGAGACCAUCAAGAGCCUUCAGGAAAGAGCUGGAGUGAAGAUGGUCAUGAUUCAAGAUGGCCCCCAAAACACAGGUGCAGAUAAACCUCUACGCAUUUCGGGAGAACCCUUUAAAGUUCAGCAAGCCAAAGAGAUGGUGAUGGAGCUGAUCAGAGACCAGAUCUUCAGAGAGCAGAGGGGCGAGUAUGGCUCUAGAAUUGGAGGUGGCGGCGGCGAGAGCUUAGAUGUUCCCGUUCCCCGGUUUGCUGUUGGAAUCGUCAUUGGCAGAAAUGGAGAAAUGAUCAAGAAGAUCCAGAGUGACACCGGGGUCAGGAUCCAGUUUAAACCAGAUGAUGGAAGUGCACCAGACAGGAUAGCACAGAUAAUGGGUCCUCCUGACCAGGCUCAGCACGCAGCAGAGAUAAUUUCGGACCUGCUGAGGAGCGUCCAGGCCGGUGGGCCUCCAGGACACGGUGGAGGUGGUGGAGGCGGAAGAGGCAGAGGACGCGGGCAAGGCAAUUGGAACAUGGGGCCUCCUGGUGGCCUCCAGGAGUUCACGUUCUCUGUUCCAACCAUGAAGACUGGCCUCAUCAUUGGAAAAGGUGGUGAGACCAUUAAAGGCAUCAGCCAACAGUCGGGCGCCAGGAUUGAGCUGCAGAGGAAUCCUCCUCCCAACUCUGACCCCAAUGUCAAGAUGUUCACCGUCAGGGGGUCGCCUCAGCAGAUCGACUAUGCCAGGCAGCUGGUAGAGGAGAAGAUUGGCGGGCCUGUCACUCCAAUGGGUGGCCCACAUGGCCCCCCUGGUCCACAUGGAGGUCCUGGCCCACAUGGUCCUCCUGGCCCGCCAGGACCCCCAGGUGCUCCCAUGGGUCCUUAUAACCCUGGGCCUUACAACCAGGGACCCCCAGGACCACAUGGUCCCCCUGCACCCUACCAGCCUCAGGGCUGGGGAAACGGUUACCCGCACUGGCAGCAGGGGCAGCCUGAUCCAAACAAAGCAGCAGCUGACGCCAAUGCCGCAGCGUGGGCAGCCUACUAUGCCCAAUACGGUCAGCAACCUCAGGCUCCAAUGACACCCACCGGUGGAGCGCCUGGCAGUACUCAGUCCAAUGGUCAAGGUGACCCACAGGCUGCAGGUCAGAGUGGACAGGCAGAUUACACCAAGGCCUGGGAGGAUUAUUACAAGAAAAUGGGGCAACAGAGUCAGCAACCUCAGGACUACACCAAAGCCUGGGAGGAGUAUUAUAAGAAACAAGGGCAAGCGGCCCCUCAGGCAGCAGCGCCGGCGGCCGCUGCGGCCCCUACCACUCAACCCGGCGGCCAGCCAGAUUACAGCGCCGCUUGGGCUGAAUACUACCGGCAGCAGGCAGCUUACUAUGGCACGAGCAACCCUCAGACCAUGGGAGCGGCGCCACAAGCACCUCAGGGUUUACAGGGUUCCAGCCUGAGCAGCAGCACCCUAACCUCAUAAACUUUCCUCCCUGCACAGGUUGUCCGCUGUUAAUUCCCGCUGUUAACAUGCAUCGUAUCUUCUAUGUAUUUCUCCUGCACAGGGCCAGUAAUGUGAAGUGGACAUAACGUAAAUGCUUCAUUGUCGAACACAAAAAUCCUAUGUUAAAUGUUUGGAUGCAGACGCCUCGGUGAUUUCCUUGGUUUGAAAGUGUUACACAUAGAUGGCAGUUUACCCGGCGAGCACGUCCUCUCUUCUCCAUUCAUAUAUUUGUUUUUGUUUUUUUUUUUUUCUUGUAAAUGCUUUGUUUUUAGUGAGACAACUCAACUCACAUGGUCAUUCCAGCCCUGUAUCUACAUUAAAUGUGGUUAGAAGUCAUGUUAAUGAUUGAACUGUAGACAUUACCAUGUAAAUCAUCUCAGUUUUAAAAAGGUAUAAAAAAAAUGCUUAUUGCCUGUUGUGUUUUUUGCAAUAAAAUAAACUGAAACCUCCUGUGUUGGUAAGUUGGGGGCCACCUUCACGACAAGAGGGUGGGGGGAGGGGCUAUGUUAUGUUAUCAGAGCAAUUAGCGGGCCACCUGUGGGUUGACACAAAGCGAUUCUCUCCUGUUUCUCUCCCAACUGUCUACAAGACGCUUGUUGAUUGACACUUGCUGUUUGCCGUCAUGCUUUUUCUUGAUGACUUGAGCCAGGCGACUUGUGUGCGUUGUUAUUGAGCUAGUAUCCACAUGCCGUUUUUAUUCCCCUUGACGUGUAGACACUUCCUCCUCCACAGGCAAGUGUAGAAAAGUGGUAAGAACGUAUAUACAUAUUCCCACACCCAUUCGUGAUUGCAAAGAAAUGUUUUUUUUUCUAUUGUUAGUGUUCCCUUAUUUUUCUUACAGGACAGUCAGGUAAAUUGUAUGAUGCAAAUUUUUUUGUCCUGCCCUUGUACUCUUAAUAUGUAAACGUUUUUAAAUGAUAAAACUAACGCAAAGAGAAUUUUUUUAAUUUUUUUUUUUUUUUUUGCUGUGCCGCUGCUUUGUUAGUGUCAUAUCCAAUACAAGCAAUGAGCUCUGUAGGCUCAGGCAGGGGGCGACUUAACGCCGUCCACAUCCAAGUUGAGCCCUCCUGUCCUGUAAGUACCAAAACUGACUACCGAGCCAAAUGAUGCUUGCAAAAUACAUAUUUUUUGUCAAAAUUUGCCAUUUCCCCUCCCUUUUGUCUUUGGGUAAGUAUUCACUGUUGUGAAGCCAGGCGGUAGACUUUUUUGACUGUUGAAUUCACCUUGUGGCGCUUGUCGGACACCAUUUUAGUGGCAUUGAUGAUUUGAAUGUCGGUUACUCUUGCGCGGUUGUUGUUGCUGACUGUUCUCCUUAAAUGCCCUCCCUCCCCCUUCUUUCUUUUUACCAAAAUGGACAUUGAUCGAGAUGAAAUUCAGCAUAGCAUGCUUACUUAGACCUUAUUUGUGUUGCCAAUGUUCCAUCUGAGCAUGUCGCGCUAAGUCGUGGACUUGUCACAUGAAUAUUGAUUGAUUGAUUGAGCACUGUUUAAAAGGCACUUGAUUGUAUUGACCAGUUCAGGAAAGGAGAAAUCGUAUUGACUGCAAAUAUAUAUCUAUAUAGUGCAAUAUAUAUCUGAUCUUUGCAGUGUUCUCCCCCAACCCCCCCAGACCUUGCACCUUAGGUUCUGCUGCAGUAAUCCAGGUAAGCAAAGCCUAAGGAAACAAUAGUGAAAUACAGUGGAACCUCCAAAGAAGAAUAUCCAGAAUUGAAUGGAAAAAUGAAUGAAUGUGACGUGAUAUAUCUGAAGAUAAGUUCUACGGCUGUGCUUUUGCUUUCUGGGUCGUCGCAAUAGAAGGUCCCUGUGAUCAUAGCCAUUGAACAGAAAAUGGAGCUACAACCUCUGAAAGAAUCUGGCUACUGUGUACCGUUGAACGAAGUGGGGAUGUUUUUACAUUUCACCAUAUCGUUAGUUUUGUUUUACAGUUAACUUGUAUUUACACACAUCAGUGUAGGAGCCGAAACCCCAAUGUAGUGAGUUUCACACGCCCAUUUGAUAGUCUAAUACAGUACAGGUUGUUUAGAACUUUUUCCUUUUGUAAUCAGCACACACUGAAAAUGAGUAGUGAUAGUUAAAGGGAUGGUUGUGAUUUUUGACACUUUGGUAAUUAAACAUGAACUCAGGUCAGAUUGACACAAGAGCAUGACUCUUGAGAAAGGAAUGUAACAAGUUGGUUGCAACGGUCUUUGACAAAUUGAUGUUAGAACAUAAUCAACGGAUGAAUGCAGCCCUCUGGUUUGGGAAAACAACUUUGUGGACCUGCACCACUUCUGCUUUGGAGGUUCCACUGUCCAUUUUUCCGAUUUGACCAGUUUUCCAUCCAUGCAAAGAAAUGCUCACCCUGUCAAUGAAUUCAUGAACUGAAAAGUGACACAAUUGACUUGUACGACUGUGGACUUGACUCAAAAGUACAAAGUGGUUGGUUAUGAGGAAGUGCUUUGUGUGCAUAAUUAUGACAGGCCUCUUAAUUGUCUAUUUUUGAAUUGUCGUGCAUGUCCUGUAAAGCUGCAGCAGAAGGACAGGGCCAUAUUAUUUAUUUUUUUUUUUUUAAACAGAAAAUGCGUGAUGUUGACAAUGUUCUCUGGUGGUUUAUUCUGCUGUCAAUAAGCACAGUGCUGACGUACUCAUUGAAACACCUUCACUUCUCGCUCACAGUGUUGGAGGACGCUGCAAGCUUAGGCGCUAGAAUCAGAGCCUGUGGUAGUCUCUGCCGAGCGUAGGCCGGGCAAGAGCUCCAGUGCUUAAGGUAAAAAAACAAAAAAAGAUCAUUGAACAAGUAAUGCAAUUUUUGUGACUGCAAAAAGUGCAAGUUAGGCAUCUUUUCUGCUCGAGUUGACUGUUUUAAUGCUAGUGACUUGAGUCGUUUGAUGGUGAUUUGUAUUUUUAGUUGUCAUGGUUGUUGCAAUGAAUGGUUUAGAAAGUUGGAUGAGAACAGGAACUGAACUUUGAAUAUGAUGUCAUUAAAAUGUCCCACUCAGGCUCUGCAGGAUGGGGUUUGGGGGAAAGGGUUAUUUAGCUGGAGGAAACCUAGUGGUAAACGUGCUGUAUUAUAUGGUCACUCUUACUGUCAUGUUCAUUAUUAAUAAAGGUGUCACAAAUGAA